AGGAAGAAUAUUUACGUCGGAAGAACGAGAAGAAAGAACUCGAGAUGCGUGAGAGGAAGGCUGUCGAGAUGAGAGCGAAGAAGGCAAGGAAGAAAGUUGAGAAGGCGUGAUUGGAAAAAGAAAGGGUGGCCGCCAUGAAGAAGGAUAUGGAUGUGCAUGUGAAGCUUUCGGUAAAAGAGGCCAUGAGAGAGGCAUGGCGUAACUCGGAUCUGCGUGAUGCAUUGAUGGCGGCGAAAUUGGUGGAGACAACAAAGGGCAAGAAGAAGGGUUGUUUCACGAGCGACAAUGAAUUCUCUGACUAUGAGUAUGUCAGUGAUGGAAUCGAGGAGAUUAGAGAAGGCACGAGGAACUUCUCAAUCAACGAGAAGAGGAAGAGGGGGCCGGAGCCUGUGUUUGAAGACAGUCCACCCAUGGAUCUGCCUCCUAAACGCACACCUAAAUGUACACCGAAGCAUGGACCUGCCAAGACUUUGAAGUUGACCCCAAUCGGGACGCGAUCCAAGAAGAAGACCAAGGUUCGGCUAUCACUGACUACUAAGGAGAAGAUUGCAUCCGCGGUGAAAGGGAAGAUUCCGGCGAGUAUUGGUACUGUAGGCCGUUACAAAUUUCGAGAGGCUGUGAUGAAGCAGAUUAAACAUCACGAUGCUAUUACACUGCAGAACCUGUGUAUUGACGCUGGCAUCCCGUACAACGCGAAAAUCGAGGCCAUUUUUUACCUCGCGGAUCACGAGGCAUACAUCGCGUAUGGUUCGGAGUGCGAAGAGCCCGAGGACAUCAGCGAACCAGCUGAUGAAGGCGCAGUCGGUACCUCGGAGAAUGUCGACGAAGCAGAAGUCGACGAGAAAUGAUGCGGCUAUGGUAUCACUGAGUAUUGGAAGCUUUGUGGGAUUUUGGUGGACCUUCGUGGUAAGUCGGGGAGGUAUGAUCGUAGGAUCGAGAGGCUGCUGCGUUUGGUAGUAGUACGUUUGUCUAUUGCGGGGUGCGUUAGGUGGAAUCGAAAAUGUGUCGAUGCAUAGUUGCGUUUGUAUGAAACCUUUGGUUCGGGUUUUCUAGACCGUACGAAUGUCGUGUAUAUUGCUGCUUCACCCUUUUGCCUCGCGCAAUAUGUCGGGAAGACUUGUAGAGAUGUGGACACUCGAUGGGCUGAGCACCUGUACGCCUGCAAAAUAAAGAAGUCUACACACU